UUUCCUCGCUCGCACUGGGAGCGACUCCCCAGGCCCACCCCCGAGCUCCCCCUUCGUCACUGAAACUUCGGGUAAGAUUUAAGUGACCGGAGCCUUGGGGAAACCAGCUCCCCCCGUGAAACCAUCUAAUGUUUCUCCACGAUUCCUGCCUUGCUUGGUUCGGAAUAUUUUCAAUAAGAAACGCCUGUGGGAUGUCUUCCUGUCCUUUCAAAAUGACCCCCAGAAUAUAAUUUUCGUAUGAAGACAUGUUUAUACCUUUAAAAUAUUUAUCCUGUGGUGUUUUCAAUGCACUCCCCUUAAUUACACUUCAGGUGAAAUGCUAAAGUAAAACAUUAUUUGUAAUUAACGUGGCUCCCAGUUUGCUUCAUUAAAUACACCUUGCUUAUUUACCCAAUCUGGUGGAAUGAAGUUUUAGGCUAGAGAGUGGCUUUUUAAUUUAGUCUAGCAAUUGGCUCCAAGACUUCAUUUUCUGCAGGCUUUGGAAAGUUGAGCAACGGCCUGUUGGAAGUGUUGAGUGUGAUCAGAAAUAAUUCAGGCAAAAAUCUGUAAGUACGUGCGUUCAUGGUUAGAUUUGAUACCCCGUGAUGUCGCAAUUAAUGUUAGUGGAAAAUAAACACAAAUAUGUCAAAGCAGCUUAGCCUUAAUUCUCUGAAAUAGCUAUUAUUCUUACCCAAAAUAGCAGAAGACCAAGGAGGAAGAAAGUUUAGUUUGCUGUUGGUGAACAGUAUGGUCACACUUUAUGGAAUGUGGCAUUGGGUUUCUAUUUGUAUAAAGAUUGUUCAUUAUAGGCUCUGUAAUUUUAUAUUGUAGCCCUUCAGUAAAAGUCAGGAAACUCUGAUUUCUGGAAAGCAUGGACGUUUCUAGUAUGCAUUUGAGACAUAUCCUUCCCACACUAGAUCUUUUUGAAAUGGUCGAUGGCAUGGCAGUUUUCGCACCCGUUGGUUUCCUAGAGGUACUGAAUUUGUAAGUGAAAAAUGUUUUUAGUCCAGUCCAUGGUUAGUGAAUGGACUGAGUAGAUAUCGUAAAUGCGUGAAGUAGGUUGGUGUAGACUGUGAAAAUAUAAGAACAUAUGUCUCAUCUGAAACAGUGAGUACUCAGCCCCAGGUCACUGCUCCUUUUCAGGAAGUUCAGCUCAGUGUUGCUGAAUCUUUUCUCUCCGACCCCCCUCUCUCCCUCCCUCCCUCCCCCCUCUUACUCAGCAUUGAAAUUCAGAUAUUCAUUCAUUACCUACGUUGUUUCAUAAACCCUUCCAAUGCCCCUGUCAGGCAGGCGCUGUUACCAUCAUCAGUGUUUGAACAGGUGAGAAAACUGUGGUGCACAUUGGUUUAGUAACUGGCCCAAGUCAACAGCUGGGAAGUGCAACGGGAGGACUUGAAGCACAUUAUACAGGAAGGAUGAAGCAUAUGAGGACUCUUUGGACUAUAUUCUAAAUUUUUCUGUAUAUUUAAAUCUGUUCUGGGACUUCCCUGGUGGUGCAGUGGAUAAGAAUCCGCCUGCCAAUGCGGGGAACACGGGUUCAAGCCCUGGUCCGGGAAGAUCCCACACGCCACGGAGCAACUAAGCCCGUGCGCCACAACUACUGAGCCUGCGCUCUAGAGCCCGAGAGCCACAACUACUGAGCCCACGGGCCACAACUACUGAAGCCCGCGUACCUAGAGCCCGUGCUCCGCAACAAGAGAAGCCACCGAAAUGAGAAGCCCGUGUACCACAACAAAGAGUAGCCCCCUCUCGCCGCAACUAGAGAAAGCCUGCGUGCAGCAAUGAAGACCCAAUGCAGCCAAAAAAAUUAAAAAUUAAAUCUUAAAAAAAAAAAACCUGUUCUAAACAAUAAAGUCUAUUUAAAAUUAAAACAAAAAACACAUAGACUCUGGAGUCUGUCUACAUUUCCCUCUGUGACUUCCUCAGGGUCACAAGUACUGCUGUGUUCUUCAGCUGCAUCUCACAGACUCCCUAAAGUACAGCCACUUCUGCCAUGAAAGAACCAUUCAGUGAACCAUUUCAAACAUGCAGCCCCAUUUUCCUAGUAGUGGAAAUAACUGAAGAUCACCAAAAUGAGAACAAGCAAAGGCUUGUCAGGAGUCAGCUCCCAUGGCUUGCAUUUGACUGAGAUGCAAAGGCAAGCAGAGGAUUGGAAAAGCUUUAUAGCUGAAAAAGAAGCUUCAGGUAUGCCCUGAUUGGAGGCUGUUGGCAUGGGGAAGAUGUAUGCAGGCCAACUAGGAGUGGGGAAUUCUAUUUAAUUAAGAGUACAUAUUUGGCUUUCUCCAGUUGGCCCUAAAUUGGAAUUGGGGCAAAAAUUAGGAAAGCUAUCAGCUAUUAAUGAAGCCUUGGUUAUUUUGGGCCAAUUGCUAUAAGGGUUAUUGUUUGGCUUUCUGGACUAGUUGCUACAGAUAGUAGUUUGACUUCCCAGACUGGUUACUCUAGAUAGAACAUUGGCUUCCUGGGCUGGUUGAUGCAUGUUGUGGGUGAGAGUUCUGUUUGUAUAUCUAUCUGGCCAUUGUUCCUUUGUAUAUUUGUUCUCUUAUAGGGGAAGAAUCUAAACUGUUUACUCCUUCAUACUCCAGCUAUAAUUCAUUGUGUAGGGGGCUGUGUCCCUGCUGUCUGGACCAGAGACCUGGAAAGGACCAGCUGCUUCAUGAAUUGUUGGCUCAGCAGAAAGGAAAGGCUGGCUCCGUUCCAGCGGAGCGACUUUCAAGCAGCUGGCUGGAUGUUCGUCACAUUGAAAAAUAUGUAGACCAGGGUAAAAGUGGAACAAGAGAAUUACUUUGGUCCUGGGCACAGAAAAACAAGACUAUUGGUGACCUUUUACAGAUUCUCCAGGAGAUGGGGCAUCAUCGAGCUAUCCAUUUAAUUGCAACUUAUGGGGCAGCCUUGAAUCCUUCAGAGCAGAGUCAUCAGGGAAAAGGAUUUCCGAUCAUGUUAUCCAAGGAAACAGCUAGUGUCACAGCGGAUAAUGUUCUUAUUCCUGAACAUAAUGAAAAAGGAAUAUUGUUUAAAUCCUCCAUCAGCUUUCACAACGUCAUAGAAGGAACCAGAAAUUUCCACAAAGACUUUUUAAUCGGAGAAGGGGAAAUUUUUGAGGUAUACAGAGUGGAAAUCCAAAACCGAACAUAUGCCAUUAAAUUAUUUAAACAGGGGAAAACAAUGCAAUGUAAGAAACAAUGGAAGAGCUUUUUAUCUGAGCUUGAAGUUUUGCUGCUGUUCCAACAUCCAAACAUAUUGGAGUUGGCUGCAUAUUUUACAGAGAGUGAGAAGUUUUGCCUGGUUUAUCCGUAUAUGAGAAAUGGAUCACUUUUUGACAGAUUACAGUGUGUAGGUGACACAGCCCCACUCUCUUGGCACAUUCGAAUCAGUAUAUUGAUAGGAACAACCAAAGCCGUUCAGUACUUGCACAACACGGAACCGUGCUCCGUCAUCUGUGGCAGUAUAUCAAGUGCAAACAUACUUCUGGAUGAUCAGUUUCAACCCAAACUAACUGAUUUUGCCAUGGCACACAUCCGACCCCACCUAGAACCUCAGAGCUCUGUCCUAAGCAUGACCAGCAGCAGCAGUAAGCAUUUGUGGUACUUGCCAGAAGAGUAUAUCAGACAGGGCAAACUUUCUGUUAAAACAGACGUCUACAGCUUUGGAAUUGUAAUAAUGGAAGUUCUGACAGGUUGUAAAGUGGUGUUAGAUGAGCCAAAGCAUAUCCAGCUGAGGGAUCUCCUUAUAGAAUUGCUGGAGAAGAGAGGCCUCGAUUCAUGUAUCUCAUUUCUAGAUAAGAAAGUACAUCCCUGUCCUCGGAAUUUUUCCGCCAAGCUGUUCUUUUUGGCAGGCCAGUGUGCUGCAACACGGGCAAAAUUAAGACCCUCGAUGGAUGAAGUCCUAACUGUCCUUGAAAGUACUCAAGCCAGCUUGUAUUUUGCGGAAGAUCCUCCCACAUCCUUGAAGUCCUUCAGGAGUCCUUCUCCUCUGUUCUUCGAUAAUGUACCAAGUAUUCCAGUGGAAGAUGAUGAAAACCAGAAUAAUCCAUCGCUGCCUCACGAUAAAGGUUGGAGAAAAGGGAGAACGACUCAGAAAACUCCCUUUGAAUGCAGCCAGUCUGAGGUUACAUUCCUGGGCUUUGACAGAAAGACAGGGAGUGGGAGGAAUGAGGACACUAGCAACGUGCCCAGUUCUGCUUGUGAAGAAAGUUGGUCUCCAAAGCCUGCAGCUCCAUCCCAGGAUGUGAGGGCCUCUGGUGUGAGUAUGGACCCUUCUGCGGAAGUUCCAGGGCAUUCCUACAGGAGCAUGCCAGUGGAGGCUAGCUGUUCCUCUGAAUUUUCCUGGAAUGAAUGUGAACAGUGCAAAAAGGCAUCAGUUUCACCAGAAGAUAAAGAAGAAAGCAAGUAUUGCUGAGGCACCUGAGUACAGGUCUCAUCCUGGGAAGACAUUGUCUUUAUGGGUAGCGCCAAGAGGAUGAUUGAUGGUGAAUUUGGGUAAUGCAGAUCAAUGAUCGGAACAAUUCUAUUCCAUUCCUUCCAACUUGUAGAACAGAGUGGCUUAAAGUUUUGUUUUAGCACGAUCAUUGCCUCAUGAUCAAACCUGGACUAAAUUAGAACCAUUCAGAAUUACUUAAGAUUGUAGACUCUGACUUCAGACCAACAAAACAGUCAAAACCUACCAAAAUGGAAGUGGAUUCCAGUGUCUUCUCCCUCAGCAUCCACGUGACUCCUCAGAGCCUCCAGUCUGCCAGGUACAUUCAGUUCAGUUGGAUUCCAUUGUUUUGGUUUAGCUUGCUUGCGAAGGUCGUCAGAAACGUCUAACUUGUAAAUGUUAAUAGAUACCAUACCUUUUUAAAGAAUUGCCUUUUUGCUUAUUUCAAUCAACUCUUAGUAUAUUUCUGUUCAUCCCUGUCAAGUCUGCCUAUCUGAACAUGAGCCAUGACAUGCCCAAGAUCUGUAUUUCUGUAUUUAAACUCUUAAGAUAGUUUAUCUCCUAUAAUAUUGACUAUUAUUACAAUUUUUUUUACAUAGAGACUGUUAUAUCCUGAAUAGAAUGUAUGAAAUUUUAAUCAAGCCAUUUUUGUUCCAAGAAAAUGGCUGGUCAUAAAGGCCUAGGUCAGUUUUUUCUUUGAUUCCAACUCUGUGCCUUUACUGCUGGUGUUUACUAGAUCUCCCCCUUCUGAAAUCCUACCCAAUCUUUCAGAGCCCACCAUAACUGCCAUCCUCCAGGAAGCUUUCCUAAUCUUUCCAGCCAAUAGUAAUCACUUUAUCAGCAUUUCCAUAGCAAUUUCUUUUUUUUUUCCAUUUUUAAAGAUUUUUAAUUGAAGUACAGUUGAUUUACAGUGUUGUGUUAGUUUCUGGUGUACAGCAAAAUGAUUCAGUUAGAUGCAUAUAUACAUAUUCUUUUUCAUGUUCUUUUCCAUUAUGGUUUAUUACAGAAAAUUGAAUAUAGUUCCCUGUGCCAUUCAGUAGGACCUUGUUGUUUAUUUUAUAUAUAGUAGUUCGUAUCGGCUAAUCCCAAACUCCUAAUUGACCCCCCCUUUCCCCUUUGAUAACAAUGUUUGUUUUCUGUGUCUGUGAAUCUGUUUAUGUUUUGUAAAUAAGUUCAUUUGUAUCAUCUGUAGCAAUGUCUCUGUAUUUCUGUUUUAUAUUUGUCACUUUCUGAAUUAUAUCCAAGUUGCCUGUGCUAUCAUCUCUCUCUUCCUAGAUGGUAAACUCCUGUAUUAGUUUCCUACUGUCGCUGUAACAAAUUGUCACAAGCUUAGUGGCUUAAAACAACAUAAAUUAAUUAUUUUACAGUUCUAGAGGUCAGAAGUCCUUGGCAUUCCUUCUGAAGGCUCUAGGGGAGAAUUCGUUCCCUUGCCUUUUCUAGCUUCUAGACACUGUAUGCAUUCUUUGGUUCAUGGCUUCUUCCUCUAUCCUCAAAGCCAGCAACAUGACAUCUUUAAAUCUAGAUCUCUCUCUGAACUCUUUUUCAUCACCACUUCCUCUUUCUUUGGCCCUCCAAAGGAUCCUUGUGAUUGCAUGGGGCCCACUCAGAUAAUACAGGAAAACCUCUGCAUCUUAAGAUCCUUAAUUUAAUCACACCUGCAAUGUCCCUUUUCUCCUCUAAAGUCAUAUAUUCACAGGUUUCUGGAAUUAGGACAUGGACAUCUUUGGGGCCAUUACUCUGUCUGUCACAUUCCCUGACUGUGUAGGGUCCAUCUCUUCAGGGCCUAGCAUGUUAUCCUAUACAGAGCAGGUGUUUCCUUAUAAGUUAAAUUGAGUUACAUUAUCUCUGUGAACCCACAUAAUCAAAAAUUCAGCUAUAAUAAACAUUCCGGAGUAAAUGAACAAAGUGGGGAUAAUGACUGUCUUUAUGAUGAUGGACAGAAACACUCCACGAAAACCAUUUCCAGAGGAUUUACAGAAUCUCCCUCUCCAGGAUGUUUAUAAUAAAAGGGCAGACCUCUAGUUUUCUCUGCAUCAAAGGAAUAGGCCUAUGAUUGUUUUUUGUAGGUUUUUUUUUUUUUGGUAAGUCAGUACGGUUGAGUUAAUCAUAGUCAGAUUGGAGUCCAGAUUCAAGAACAAUUAAUCAAAGAAGGAAGUCGUCAGAAAUCAGGGUCAGGUUAACAGACCAAGGUCAGAAACACGGAGCUACAAUUCUGGGAAAAAGGAUCUCAUGGCAGGAAGUGAGGUUCAAAACACAAUAAGCCUUAGCCUGAUUGACAAGCCAAAUAAAAGCCCCAGGCAAGCAGUUGGGAGAGGCCAUCCCUGAGGGCUGGUCUGGGGGGACCUGGCUGCCCAGUGAUGUCUUCCCCAUCUGAGCAUGAAGAAUGUGUUCACAGUGCUCCCAAACUGCCCAUAUGCUAAGACUAUCAGGGGAAAGGGUUGCACUAGACCUCUUGUGACCUGUCCAGUUUGAAAACUCUUGAUUAUACACGUUAAUCAAGGAAUCAGUAAAAGUCUUCAACAUUGGCCUUAUAUAUCGCCAACGAUUCUGAGGCCGAUUCAGCUUGUCUUAUGUAGUCUGAAAGUAUUUUGGCUGAAUCGGGCAAAUAAGCCUAGAAUUGUGUGAAGUUGCCACUAAUAAUUCAAACGAGGUAAUCAAGAUAAUCAACAACUGACUCUGUGUUAAACUGCUCUUCACUUUGAAUCCGAAUCCCCCAGUGCCUUCAAAGAGAGAUCAUUAAGGAAGCUCUGAUUGACAGCAGGCCCACACCAUUAUUCAUCACAUGUGUAAUCCGUUGGUAUGAUGUUGAUUUGAACUUGCUUAGUUGACUUAAAGCAGUGUUUCUCAAAAACAAAAAACAAACAACAAACAGUGUUUCUCAAACUUUAACAUGCAGCAAAAUGACAUGGAAGGCUUGUUAAAAACACAGAUUGCUAGCUCCCAACCUAUUACAUGGGAUUUUGCUUAGCACUGAGUAGAAGCUCUAGAAACACUAUUAGUCAAUGAUCUUUUUAACUAGAUCACCUUGCUAGGGUGUGACUAUUUUAGACAUCUUAAAGACCAAGUCAGAUUAGCUGGCAAUAACCUAAUUAAUGAUAUGGUAAGCAGAUACCACUGUGGCUAGAAAUUACCAGAAUUUUCUAUUGAGUGAUGCAGUCCUUACUAGAUUUGCCUUCUAGUGGGUGUGUUAAUAAAUGUUAACUGUUAGGAAUUAAAUCUUGCAUCCUGCUACAGGCAAUAAGAGGAUACCUUUGUGGCUUCAUGAUGUAAAGACUAAGACACAUGAAGAAACCAAUAAUGAGCCCCCAAGUGUUUCCUCUGAUCAGCAAACGUGAAUUAGUAAAGAAUUUCACUCAUCUUCAUCCUUAUAACGCACCAUGGGCAAUCCUCCAGGCAGAUCCUAUUUACUUGAUAGGUUUUUGUGCCAUUUUACAAUCCCCAAAACAUAAAGAAAGUAUUUUGUUGUUUUUGAAAUUAGGUAUGUGAUUUCUGACGUAGUCAAUUUUAUUGGCUUCCGGAGAAUUGUUAUAACGAUCUGUGACCCACUGCAUAAUUGUGACGUUUCAUGAGGUGGUACAUCCUCUUGUGUAAAACAGCUUUUAUGACCUGAGGUAUGAUGAGUCUAGGAAGUGAGGGUUACAUGAGUAGCAUUUAUGAAGAAUCAAGGCACUGUGUUAGCUACUAGGGUACCGAGUAAGGAGCAAACAUUUUAGAAAGGACGAAAAGGCAUCUACCCAAGUUAACUGUUCAGUGACAUCUGUUAUUUGAACCAUAAACUAUUGGAACCGAAAGCAAGGGCUGAAAGGGUGAGGAAGAGGUCUUACCCUUUUUACUGUGCACUUUCGAGAGGGCGAGGAAGGUAUCUUGGAGAAGCUUCCUGGAAAGAGAGAAGGGGUUAAGAGAAAUAGAAAAGAACACCCAAGAAGCACUCCAGGAUGGAUACCCAGGGAACCAGGGGUCCACAGCUCUACCAGACCCCUGCACAGCCCCAUCUCUGGGGCUGGAAGGAUGCGGUGAGGGCAAAGGGAACCGGGUCCAGAGCUGUGGAUGUUUUUUUCCAUUUAACCUUUACAGCCACCGUGAAGGUAUGAAUCCCAUUUUAUAGAUGAGGAAACUGACUCAGGGUGGGUAUGUAACUUGCCUAAGGUCGUCCCAGAUCUGGAGGAGCCAGGAUUUGAACCCACCUCUGUCAGACUUCAAAGCCCAUGGUCUUUCUUGUACUCGACAUGACACAAAGAAGCCACUGCAGAUUCAAGCCCCUAUGCAAAGGUCAUUUGUCGAUUCUAAAACUUUUCAGUAGGGACAGAAGCCUCACCAUGUUUCCUGCCUUUUUCAUUAUUCUGUUCCUCUGCUUCAGGCACCCACCUCUGCAGUCAUUUGAUAUGAGUUCAGUGAAUUCAUUCAUUCAUUGAAUAAAUAUUUACCGAUGGCCUCCUUUGUGUCAGACACUGUUCUAAGAGCUGGAGAUACAGUGAAGAUCAAAACCAACAAAAAUCCCUGCCUUCAUGGCACUUACAUUUGAGUGAAAAAUGAGUGAGUGGAUGAACAGGAAAUACUGUGGGAGAGUUGUAAUCUCAGUUCUAUCACUAACCAGCAGAUCUCCGUGGGACCAGCCAAACUGAGUCGUCUCAAAAAAGAGUAUUCUCCAGACAUAGACCCUGGCUUCUCUGCCAGCUCUUUUGUCAGGAUUCAGAGAUGUUUUCUCCUUGUCCUGUGGUAUAGCUCAUGUCUCCACGCUAGCCUGUGGCUUUGCUGUUAGUGUCUAUGGCAUACUUUGUGGCAAUCAUGACAGCACUUCUUCCACUGACCUAUGACUUCUUCAGGGCAUUCAUUGGGCUACUGAUGCCAUCUUCAGCAGGCUUCUGCUAAGAAAUUUGAAGCAUCUACACAUGCCUCACUGCACCAUCACCACAAGCUGGAACUGCCUGUUGACUUCUCUCUCCUCCAUAAAACUGAAACUUCCAUGAGGGCAGAGGCUAUAUCUUGCUCCUUUGGUAUCCCUAACAGCUAGCACAGUACCUGGCACAUACUACGGCCCAACGAAUAUUUGUAAAAUGAAUGAAUUGAAUAAUCCUUCAAAACCUCUUCAGAAUCAUUGGUAUCUAGUGUCUCAACACGGUCAUCUAGAUUGCACCCAAAGUCUGUCUUUCUAAUAUCCAGACUGUCACCAAUCAUUUGCUUAAAUGGUUCCAUUUCACCAUUCUUGGAUGAAAGUUAUGAAUUUCAAAUAUUAAUAUCUGUGAUAUCUUUGAAAAGAGGAAUUAGAAAUUGUAUAUGUUGCUUAUAAAUUUGCUUCACGGUGAAAAACAUUCCCAAAUCGUGUCUAUGCAAUGAUAAGCCAACAUUUUGACAGGGAAUAAACUGACGUUUGUUGUAUUUUGCUUCCAUCUUUCUGUCCCAAAUUAUUUGUGUAUUUGAUGGUCCAUUAGAUUUUAUUGCAGGUAUUUCCUUGGGAGGCAUUUUUAUUCCAAAGGUGCCUACCAAACCUGCAUUACCCACCAAACUUUCACUUAAGAGCCUUCUUACUGAUGUCAUCUGCCUAAUUGCAAAUUUUUAUGGUCAUCUGUAUAAGUAGCAAGAGAGUAUUUCCAAUGUUUUUCAGUGGCUCCUUAGUUUUAAAACUUUCUUAUAGACAAAUGUUAGUUGGGAUAGAGGGUAGGAAGGUAGGAAGAGUGUACUUGCAGGAGAUUCAGACUCAGUUAAUAUUGGUGUAUUUAGUCCUGUGCUAGCUGCAUUCACACAUCAUCUAAGCUCUUGAGCUGGGUUCUGUUACUAUAAGAUCAAGGAAAAUGAGGUUCAAAGAAGUUGACUCUCAUUCUGAGUCACACUGCUGGGGAUACAAACUGAAAAUUCUUUAUUUAAGCCCAGGAAAUACCUGCUCUGAAAAGGAGUAAAUUAAAAAAUUAAAAGUAUCCCCUAUUUGAAAAUGAAAACAGCUAAUAAAUAUGUUUUUAUUAUUUUUAAUUAUGAUUAAUUGUGUCCUCACAGAUGGGCAAAAUUAAAACAAUUGACAGGAGUAUGGGCAAAUGGGUAUUCUUAUUCACUAUUGGCAGGAGUGGAGAUUAGUACAGCCUUUCUAGAAGGUAGUAUGUCAAAAUUUUAAAUGGUGAGACACUUUUACCCAGCAAUUUGUUUAGGAAUUUAUCCUAAUGAAUAAAAGUUUCACAAGUGUGUAAACAUGAGGGCAAAGAUGUACUUUUUAGUGUUUGCAUAUUAAAAUAUUGGAAACAGCCUAAAUAUCCUUCCAUAGAAGAUGGGUUAAAUAAAUUACAGCACAAAUAUACAAUUGAGUUGUAUGCAACUAAUUAAAAAUUGUUUAGAUCUGUGUUUAUUGCUAUAGAAAAUUUGUCCCUGAAAUAUUAUUGAAUGAGAAAGCAGACUACCGAAUAGUAUGUUUAAUAUGGGCCCAUUUAUAACAUUAGAUAUUUUUAAAUAAUAUGUGUUUCAUAGAGAAAUCUUCGCUAAAAAGUUAAUGAUGGUUUCUUUCUGGGCUGUGGCGUUUGGGUGCUCUUUACUUUCUUUAGACGUUUAUGUAUUUGAAGUUUUUAUAAUGAGUAUGUAUCACUUUUAUUAUCAGAAAACAAUAAAGCUAUUUUUAUUUUGGAAAAAAA